AUUGCCGUGCUCCCCUCUGCCACCAAACUUCCGCACCACCACCACCCUCAUAGCUCAACCCCGUCCAAAGACGCCCUACAUCUGCCGUCGCUCGCACCCGCCUCUGCGUCUGCAUCGCCCAUGGCGCCCCCAGCCGGAGCCAACGGCAUCAUACCUGUCACGGCCAUCCAGCAGAAAAACUCCCCCGCAUCAGCGCCCCGCGGUCCCAAAGCACUUGCACCGCGACUGAAGCUGGUGCUACGCCGCCUUCCUCCCGGCUUGACCAAGCCCGAGUUUGAUACGCUGUUGGGUGACGAGUGGAAAGUCGGCGGCGGCAAAAUCGACUGGCUCACCUACAAAAAAGGCAAGAUCUCUAAAGAUGUCGCCAAACCCUCGAGGCCCUCUCGCGCCUACAUCCAUGUGACCCAGAAUGCCUACGUUGCUUCCCUCAGCGACCACGUCCGCGAAGUUACAUUCCACGAUGCUGCCAAGUCUUUCUCUGACAAUGCUCUCGUCGGCCCACCCGUGUUGGAAUACGCACCUUAUCCAAAGAUACAGGGAGGUAGGCGUAGGAACGAUGCUCGCCAGGGUACUAUCGACCAGGAUCCCGAAUUCAAGGAGUUUCUGGAAAGCCUGACGGCCCCUCUCACUAAGCCUGCUGUGCCAGAAGCCGAUGCUCAGAAAGAGGAGAAGGUCAAGACCACCCCAUUGAUCGAAGCACUCCGGGAGAAAAAAGCGAACAAGGACAAGCCUCAGGGCAAGAACAAGGGUCGUGGAGAGGCUAAGGAGACAGCUGCCGAGAAGAAGCUCCUCACCAAAUCUGGGAAGGAUACCGCCCCCGCUACCGGAGAGAAGAAUCGCAAUUCGAGCAAGGCGGAGAAGGAGAGGGCACAGAAAGAAGCUGUCAAGGCUCUUAACAAGGAAGCAGCUCUACGAAAUGGAGCUAGCAGCUCUUCAGCCGACAAAACCACAACACCUGCUCCCGAGCGCAAACGCGGUAAUAUGAGCAUUGCAAAGUCCAUACUACAUCGCGAUCUUGGCCUGACUCCCGCUUCUUCGAACAAGCGGCGAGGCACCAAGCGAGAAGUCAAUCCUGUUACGCAAGAAACUCCUACUCAGAACGAAAACACGCCGUCCAGCAAACAGAAGGGAAAAGAACCGGCCACAACCGCCGCUACACCUGCAGCUGCAACUCCAGAAAAGACCGCGCCUGCAUCUACACGAAAGGAGCGUCCAUCGCGUGCCGAGCGUCGUGCUUUUAAAGCUUCUCUGGCAGACAAGGCGAGCUCGAAGACUGAGGGAGACGAUGCUAAAACUCCUGCAAAAGCAGCUGCAUCGGCCCCGACCAUCCUUAAAAAACCGCAGGCUGCACAAAACCAGGCGCCAGCCACUACCUCAAAAGGACCCUCGGCAGCGCGGCCUCCUACUGAACCCUCUGCGGCAAGGAAUGCGCCAACCACGCCGCAAACCGCCCCAGCCCGUCCAGCAAAUCCCACGCCUGCUCAUGCCUCGCAGACUGCUUCUAAUCCCACCCCUACAGGCAAACAGGCAUUCUUGAAGCACGCCAACGCAUCCCAGGGCAUCACUGAGACGCUGAUUGAAGAGGCCCUCAAAUCUUUCGGCGCCAUUGAUAAGGUGGAGAUUGACAAGCGCAAAGGUUUUGCGUAUGUUGAUUUCGCUGAGACCGAGGGGCUGAUCAAGGCGAUUGCAGCUAGUCCAGUCAAAGUUGCCCAGGGUGCUGUUCAGGUACUUGAACGUAAAGAGAAGGUUGCCCGAAACCGCCCUUUUACUGGACCUCCAACGGGACCUGCAUCUCGCGGUCGCGGUGGAUUUGGCCCACGUGGACGUGGUGGACGCGGCGCAGGUGCCAGAAGUAGCGCCUCUGGUGCGACUGGCGCUCCUGAUGCUGCGAGUGCUGCAGUACCCGUGUCCGCACCUGCUGUGUCUGCUGGUGGCGAUGCGACGACAUGA